UACAUACUCUAUGGCCCAGUUCCGGCUUCCAAUUUUGGCCAUGUUGACGUCUUUUAUGUUGAAUGAUCAUAACAGUUUUCUAAUUUCUUAUAUAUUUUAAUUAUUAUUUUUGCAUAAAAGUGUAAUAGACCGAAAUCAUCUUAGUUUUUCCUCAAUCCCGCCCUAAAUUUUAGAUUGUUGCACGUGAAAGCUUUAUAAAUGUAUGUUGUGUAUUAUAAUUGGUAGAUGUAUAGAAGUGGGUGAAAUUUAUAAACUGCGAAUGUUGUCUUUAUAUGUUAUAUCUGUUUAUAAUCAUGUUUAGUUUCACACUAAGUAAUUUCACACAAGGAUUUUUGGUUAACAAGUCUAGUCACGUAUAACGAAUAUAUACUUAUAAGUAACUGUGAAGUAAAGGUUAAGGGACCUAAAGUGUCUAUUUCAUGUUCACCACAUAUUAAGAAGCCCUUGUUCAUUGUGAACUGACAGACUGUUUCCUUUUAUAAGUGUGUGGCCUUAAAUGACAUUAAAAUGUCACAAAAUUUAUGCAGUGGGAAAAUGAGUUUUUCUCCGCAAGACGAAGAGAAAUUGAUAAACAUUGUUGCAAAGCACCCAGUAAUAUUUGACACUGGCCACGCUAAUUACAGAAAUAAAUCGGCCAAAGAGAAAGUGUGGGCGGCUAUUGGGGAGGAGCUUAAUAAAAACUGUGAAGACUGUAAGAAACAGUGGAAAUUAAUACGGGAUGGCUAUAACAGGUUUAAAAAGACCAGGAAGAGCUCUGCUUCAGAUGCUCCAAAACACUCCAAGGAUCAAAGACACAAACAACUAUUUUUCUUAGAUGGUAUCAUUCACCACAGAUCAGGAGGUUCAACUGUACCAGAGUCACCGCCUGAAAGUAUAGACAAUGAAGAAAAUGUUGACAGCAGUGAGGUAAAUAUUGAGUUAGGAGAAUCAAAAAGUGUGUUUUUAUCUUGUAAUUAUGAACCAGACCAAACUGAAAAUCAAAAUAGUGAUAAUGACCAAGAAUCUAGUUAUAGUGAAAAUCAACAUUCUGAUAAUAACACAACUGAAGCAAUCAAUGAUGCACCGAAAAGAAAAGGAAAACCUAAAUCAAAACUUAAACGGUUUAAAAGAACCAAUGUAGAAAAUAAUUUACUAAAGAAGAGAAAAGAAAGGGAUCAAAAACGACAGACACUACUCCAUUCAAUAGCAAAAAAAAAAUGUGAUGAUGUAGAAUAUUUCUGCCGCCACAUCGCUGAAGUCUUGCGACAAUUGCCACCUGUAGAGAAAGCACGAGCUAAACAGCACUUGAAUUCCGUCCUUUCAGAAUAUGAAAUCAUGGCAGCCAGAAAUACGGUUGAAGGUCAUAAUUCUACAUCUACAUAUUUUUCACCAGAAAGUUGUGAAAGUCCCUCAUCUAACAGUGCAUAUCAGUGGCCAGGAACCAGCAGUGUUCAACAAGUACACUUGCCAAAUAUUACCCCCAAAUUAGAGCCUUCAACUGGUGUGAUGACUGAUGUUGAAUUUAAGGUAUUCCCACAGUGAUUAACAUUUCAUCAUAAACUGUGGACAGUUUACUGUGUCUUAACAAAUUAUAUUGUCAUGGCAUUUAUGUGUCACAGUAAAUAUUCUCAAGCAAAAAUUUAAGGUGGUAUUUCAUCAACAAUAUCUGAUAAUUCAUCAUUGAAUGCUCUCUGAAGUAACAAUUUUGUAAACAUUAAUACCAAAGGUAAGAGCGAUUUGGAUUCCUAUGAUGUUCCACCUUUAGAGUUAUGCUCGUAACUAUUUUCUGGAACACAUUGUAUAGCAAUUUUUACAAGGUUUCUUCAAAUGGAACACAAUGUUGCAGUAGCCACUCUUGCAUCGUUUAUUUAUAGAAUGAACAAUGAAAGUGUGGGCAACAUGAACACCUAUGGGAAAAGUUUAAUAAAGAAAAGGAAUAUGA